AUGAUGCGACUAACAUGCUUAGUAGAAGAAAGCAGCGAUGAAAGCAGCUCCCAACAAACCAGCAGAAGCGUAGCUCUUGGCAGCACCGGCCUCCAAGGUGGAAGCAGAAGCAACGGUGGAGCUUGCACCAGCAGCAGCACUGGAAGACAAGGUGGUAGCAGUGCUCUCAGCACCAGAACCAGCUGGAGUAGUACCGGUAGUAGCGGUCUCAGUGGCAGCAGCGGUAGAUCCCUCAGCGCCAGUGGUCUUAGUAGCAGCUGCAGUAGAGCCUUCACCACCAGUGGCAGUAGCGGUCUCAGUGGCGGUCUCAGUAGAGGUCUCACCAGCAGCAGUACCGGUAGCACCAGUAGCUGGAGAGGUCUCAGUAGCAGCAGCAGUGGAUCCCUCAGCGCCAGUGGCUGGAGUAGUCUCAGUAGCAGCGGCAGUAGAUCCCGUAGCACCAGUAGCGGUGGCGGUCUCAGUGACGGUGUUAGUGGUAACUUGGUAGUAGUCGCAAGUAGUGACAUAGGUGGUAACAGUCUCACCAACAGUCUCAGUGGUGGUGACCUCGAGAGAGGUAACAGCAGCACCAGAGGUCUCAACAGUGAGGGUAGUGGUGUAAGUAACAACAGCCUCAGAAGAAGACAAUGGGCAGUAGGUGGUGUAGACAGUGGUCUCGUCAGUGACGGUGGUAACACCGGUAACGAUAGUGGUUGGCUCACCAGUGCACUUCUCCUCGGUACAGGUCUUAGUGAUGGUGGUGGUCUCUGGAACAACAGUAGCGGUCUCAGUCAAGGUGACAACGCUGGUAACUGGAGCCCAGGUAGCAGUAGUGGUGAGUGGGCAGUAAGUAGUGUAGACAGUAGUCUCAUCGGUAACAGUGGUGACACCAGUAACGAUGGUAGUUGGCUCACCGGUACACUUCUCCUCAGUACAGGUCUUGGUGAUGGUGGUAGUACCAGCAGCGGUCUUGGUGAUGACAGUAGUGCCACCGUUACCACCAGUGGAAGAACCAGAACCAGAAGAGCCGGACUCGGAAGAAGAAGAACCUGGGAUAACAACAGUAGCACUCAAGUAGUAGACACGGUCGGUUCUCUUGGAUUCAGAUGGGUCCAAGGUAACAGCGAAGUGACCAGUGUAAGUACCUGGAAUACCGUGAAUCUUAGCGAAAGAGCUGACAAGAACCUCCUCAAUACCAGCAAUAGAACCGUGGAAAGUGAUGUCGAUCUCGGACUCCUCAGAGUCGUUGGUGAAGUCAGUGUUAGGCUUACCGUCAAGGAAAAUCAACUCAGAAGUUGGCUCCCAUGGGAAGGACUCAUCAAGAGAGAGAAUGUUGAAGGUGGUGAAUUCCAAGAUGGUUGGAAUGUGAAUAUCGUAUCUUGGCUGGUCACCGUCGAGCCAUCCGUAGAUCCAUGGGGUUGGGAGAGUGGAUGGGGCAGUUGUACUGGAAGAGUUGGUGAAAGCAGCAGAAGCCACGCUGGAAACCAGGGCAGCCACGCUAGCGAACUUGAAGAAAGAAAGCUGCAUCUUAAUUAA